AUGGAGUCGUGCUGUGCAACACAGCAGAUGGUUCGCUAUGAAGAAUUGCCGAACUCAUUUUCUGAGUACCGCCCCGAACAGGUGCAGUCUCUUGUUCGACCAGCCUCCUGGCUCGUGUCCACCGGUUCUAAGGGUCUUCUGGUUCGACUACCGUUUUCGAACCCACUUCUCAGGCGCUCUGUCGUUGUCCGUCGUAUCGAUGACGCCGCACACUCAGCUUGA